AUGGCGGCGAGGCUCGCGCAGCUGCGGACCAAGGCGGCGCAGGCGGCGGAAUUCGCCUCGAAGCACGGCGGCGCCUACUACAAGGAGGCGAUGGAGAAGAACAAGCAGUACGUCGUGCAGCCUCCCUCCGUGGAGAAGUGCCAGGAGCUCUCCAAGCAGCUCUUCUACACGCGCCUCGCGAGUAUCAGUGGAUCUGCUUGUGCUCGUAGCAACGGGGGUGACCAUGGUGUGGUUGAGCAUACGGAAAUCUUGGAGAUCUCUUGUAUGUGCCAUCUACAAUGUAGCUCAAAUCUGAGUGGUUGGGGGAAGACCAUUGCUACGUCAGCAAUUUCCGGCUGGGACUAUGCUAAUUGUUCACAUGAUGCUUACUCUAGGCAGCUACCAGGACAGAGCAAUUUAGCUAGUCUACCAGGCCGCUAUGAAGCAUUGUGGAAGGAGGUUGACGGUGUCAAGCAGCUUUGGAAGAACAGGAAGGAGCUCAAGGUGGAGGACCUUGGAAUUGCAACACUGUUUGGGGUUGAGCUUUAUGCAUGGUUCUGCGUAGGCGAGAUUGCAGGCAGAGGAUUCACCUUAACCGGCUAUAAGGUCUGA